UAUGUGUUUAUAAGCAAGUCAUGGGAUUUGAAAUCAGGAUUAGAAAUUGGGAUUUCCUACGUUUUUCCCCGCACGAUGAAUGAGACAUAAUGUAUUUGGAUGACAGGGAAAAAUCAGGAUGAUGUGUCCCGUCAUGCAGCGCGGCCGGGUCCCCCCCCCCCCCCCCCGCGCGCUCGUCGGAUCCAGGGAGAGAGAGAGAGCAGUAAUGGCGGCCGGUUAGACCCAUACACCGACACCGCGUCCGCAACCAGCCGCUCUCACCGCAGCCCUCCGGGGGCAGCCAGCCUCUCACGUCGCGGCGGAGCCUGCGCUACAGACACGGAGCGGAGACACGGGCUUCAGGGGGGACGGGAAUCCUUUAGUGGACCGCUGCUGUCUGGGACUUUCCUUCUACUUUUCUAAAAAAAAAAAAAAAAAAAAAAAAAAAAAAUUAAAAAAAACAUGGAUGAGCACCCCUGCGGAGGAGGAGGGGUCGGAGCGGGCGCUCCACGACAGCCUCCGCCGCCGCAGCAGCAGCAGCAGCCGGGAAGCAACAGCAGCGCUAAUCCGCCGAUCGGUGGCGGUGGAGGAGUCAUGGUGCCACACCAACCGGACGAGCUGCCUCGGCCGCAGCAGCAGUACACCAUCCCCGGCAUCCUGCACUACAUCCAGCAUGAGUGGGCCCGGUUCGAGAUGGAGCGGGCGCACUGGGAGGUGGAGAGGGCCGAGCUCCAGGCGAGGAUAGCGUUCCUGCAGGGAGAGAGGAAAGGUCAGGAGAACCUGAAGAACGACCUGGUCAGAAGAAUAAAGAUGUUAGAAUACGCUCUGAAGCAGGAGAGAGCAAAAUAUCACAAGUUAAAAUAUGGAACAGAGUUGAACCAAGGAGAGAUGAAGAUGCCAAGCUUUGAAUCAGACACCAAAGACUCAGAGGUCUCUGCUGUUCCCGCCAACAGUCAGCUCACCUGGAAACAAGGAAGACAGCUGCUCAGACAGUACCUGCAGGAAGUCGGAUACACGGACACCAUCCUGGAUGUUCGCACCCAGAGGGUUCGCUCUCUGCUCGGCUUGUCGGGAUCAGAGCAGAACGGAUCCGUGGAGAACAAGAACCUGCAGCACCUGAUCAACGGGACGGAGCGCCGCAAGGACAGCAAGAGGAGUCCAGGUGACGUUCUGGAGACGUUUAACUUCCUGGAGAACGCAGAGGACAGCGAUGAAGACGAGGAUGAGGAGGGAGACCUGAUGGACGACAUCAGCACCGACAAACACCACCGAGCCAAGAAACACAAGACCAAGGUCGGGAACGAGGGCUUGGCGUCGGAGGACGACGCCGACACAGAGGAGGCUCUGAAGGAGUUUGACUUCUUGGUGACAGGCGAGGACGGAGAGGGGGCGGGCGAAGCUCGGAGCUCUGGAGACGGGACGGAGUGGGCUGAGCCUUUACCAUUUCCUACCGGCGGGGGGAAGUCCUUCCUGUUGGGGGGGUCGGACGACGUGCUGGAGAGCGUGCUGGGUUUGGGUGACCUCGCUGACCUCACCGUCACAAACGAUGACACAGAUUACAGCUACGAUCUGCCAUCCAAUAAGGAGUCUUCGUUCAGGAAGACGUGGAACCCGAAGUACACGCUGCGGAGCCACUUUGACGGCGUUCGAGCGCUGGCCUUCCACCCUGUCGAGCCCUGCCUGGUCACCGUGUCCGAGGACCACACCCUCAAACUGUGGAACCUCACCAAGACCGUCCCCGCCAAAAAAAGUGCCUCUUUUGAUGUGGAACCCAUCUACACAUUCAGAGCCCAUGUUGGUCCAGUGUUGUCGUUGGCGAUGACCUCCAGUGGCGAACAGUGUUUCAGCGGAGGCAUCGACUCAACCAUCCAGUGGUGGAACAUCCCCAGCUCAAAUGUCGACCCCUACGACACCUACGAUCCCAGCGUCCUAGCAGGCUCGUGGCUGGGGCACACGGACGCCGUGUGGGGAUUGGCUUACAGCGGCAUCAAGAACCGCCUCCUGUCCUGCUCGGCGGACGGAACGGUGAAGCUGUGGAACCCGACAGAGAAGAACCCCUGCAUCGGCACUUUCAACACAAACAAAGAGCACGGGAUUCCCACAUCUGUGGACUUCAACGGUUGUGACCCCGCCCACAUGGUGGCGUCCUUUAACAGUGGAGACGUGGUGGUGUACGACCUGGAGACCUCCCAGCAUGCACUGGUGCUGAAGGGCCAGGGAGAUGGCACUCUCCCCGGGUCCAAUCAUAUCAACAAGGUGGUGAGUCAUCCCACGCUGCCGGUCACCAUCACCGCUCACGAAGACCGACACAUCAAGUUCUACGAUAACAAGUCAGGUAAAGUGAUCCACGCCAUGGUGGCUCACCUGGACGCAGUGACCAGUCUGGCCGUGGAUCCCAACGGGAUCUACCUGAUGUCUGGCAGUCACGACUGCUCUCUGCGUCUGUGGAACCUCGACAGUAAAACGUGCGUUCAGGAGAUCACCGCUCACCGUAAGAAGAGCGAGGAGGCCAUCUACGACGUGGCCUUCCACCCCUCCAAGGCCUACAUCGCCUCCGCCGGAGCCGACGCCCUCGCCAGGGUCUACGUCUAGACUAGGAGGAGGAGGAGGAAGAAGAGGGGGAGGAGGAGGAGGAGGAAUCAGAUGACUGCGGGGGCGAGAGACUCAGAGAAAGAGAGAGAGAGAGGCUAGGCCGUUCACACACACACACAAGCACACACAUACACACACACACACACACACACACGAUUCAGGUCUGUUCAGGUCUCUGAACACAGAAUAUAUAUUAAUGAAAGACUGGAGGUGAUGAGGAUCUCCACUGGACGACUGAACACACACACACACACACACACACACACACACACACACAGUUUAAGUUAAGAGGUGGAGCGCUGACUGACUGAGAGACGUUCAGGAGCAGAAACGUUGUGGAAAUGUUGUUUAAACCUGCAGGUCGACACACAGCAGCUCACCUGCAGCUCACCUGUCCUGUGAUGUCAUCUCCCCCCUCCCAGUCUGAACAUAGCUCUGAUGACACUACAUGAAGCCCCACCCCCUCCCUCCCUCCCUUGUUUUAACGCUAGUUUGACCUGCAGCUCGGACAGGAGCGGAGCCGGCUCAGUGGCGUUCUUGUUUCCGUCAGCGUUCUGUAGUUUGCCGUGUUUUUCAUCAACAUCACGUCCAGAUGUUUCCACGUUUGGUUCUCGCAGCGGGAGAACGUCCCUGGGAGAGCCGCCAGCGCUGCGUCCAACGCUCAGCAAACGCCCCACAGCGUCUGAUUUCUGCACAAACACAAUGUCGUUCCACCUUAACUCUGCACCAGCCGCUCAGCUGCAGGACACGAACCAACGACUCACAGGAUUAUUUUGGCUUUUUUUUUUUUUUUUUUUAUGUGACGGUUCAUAAAGUCGAGAAAUUCCCCAAACAGAAUCGGACCUAUUACAUCAUGUUUUAACUUCACCACUCGAGCCAAUCAGUGUCCAGUGUCUCUCUGAAGGCGUCACCUUGGACUCUGCAGAACUGUGAUGGACAUCUUCCAACGUUGAAAUGAUUAAAUGAUUGAUCAGUGAAUUGGUAAUGAGCCCGGUGAUCGGCAGCAGCCCUCAGGUGUUGCUCUUCGCUCCUGCUAAAAUAAAUCGGUUCAAGUUUUCAGCGCUGAUAAAAGAGCAGGCGGCCGGUUUCACAAAACACCUUAAGUUUGCUACUUAAGCCUGAAACUUGAGGUUUAAUUUCUCUUGAAUCUUUUCUAAGUUAAGGAAAAAAUUUGAGGCAUUUGCAGCAGUGAAAUUCUACUGUUUCCACGGAGACCGUUGAUUUGCUGCCAUAAGGAACGCUCUUCAUUUAUCACCAUAAAGUUUGUUCAUAUUUCAGUUAAGAUGAAGUCACCUUUAGUUUUUUCCUUAGUUUGGUCACUAAGGUCUUUUGUAAAAUGCUUUAACUGACUUUAAGUGAUUCCUUAAGUUUAAGACUAAGAUAAGGAGAAAACCUGAAAUACUUCAGUGAACAUUUUAAGGAAACUUAAAAAAAGAAAAAAAAGACUUGAGGGUGUUUUGAGCAGAUGUUUGUAUUUUAAAGAAACUUUAACUCAGACUUUGAGGAAAAUCUUAACUUAAGGUGUUUUGCAACCGGCCCCAGGACUUUUAUUCAAGCGGUUUUGAGUUUCUCUCCCCUAGUAGUGAUUGUUUCUAUAGCAACAACGAUCUGUUGUUGUUUUCCGCCGUGACAUCACCGCUGAGACAAACAGGCGGCACACGCUGCUGUAAAAAGGCGGGAAACAUUAACCAUGAAGAAAAAUGUUCGUCAUGUGCGUCAUGGUGGAAAAUGUUGACGUUGACAUGAAGCUGCGUUCACCUCGAGGUAAAUGAAACAGUUUAAAUGUUGGAAAGUGUUGCACGUGACAAACUGAGCUGAACCACAGAAGAAGAAGAAGAUCGGAGGCGGGUUUUUCCUUUAAAGCGUGUUUUAACCCUCUGUGCUUCUUUCUCUUUGAGUUUUUUAAUAAUUAAAUCUGAACCAAAGCUUCAGGAAAACAACAAAAACAAACAAACAAACAAACAAACAAACAGCUGUUCUCAGAUUUUAACCUGCCCAACUUUUUUAUAGUGUUUUUAAAGGAUGAGUUGAUUUUUGAAAACGGGUCAAAGUUGGAGAAACUUCACGAACCAACACGUGGAGUUAGAAAUCAGAUCGUCUGUCGCCGUUUGUCUCUGACGAGGUUUGAGCUGAUUGGCUGUGGAGGAUUGGUCGCCUCAGCCCCUGGUGGGCCAAUCAGAGCCCUGCGUUUAAACCCCGCCCCAUGUAAGGACUGUGGUCCAGAUGGGUUUUUUUUGUUUGUUUGUUUGUAUAAAAUAAAUUAGUUUUUAUAAUCUGUUUUUUUUUUUUUUUUUUCUAAAUGUCACCAAGGAGGAUUCUGGUUCCUCGUUCCCGUCCAGUCCUGCCAUCGACCCCGCCCACCUCACGCCCCGAUGAUUCACAGACCUCCGGGCCCGUCUCAGGCCGGUUCUUUUCACAAACUCUGGGUUCAGUUUUUGGAUCCUGUCACAGAUUUAAUGUAGAGAGUAAAGGAGAGAGGAGGGAGGGAGCUGCUGAGGAGGAGGAGGAAGAGGAGGAGGAAGAGGAGGAGGAGGAGGACAGACCUUUGUUAUUCUCUCCUGGCGUGUUCACGUCUCAUGGGGCUGAUGGUAGAGACACAAAUACAGUUGAAUGACGCUGAAGAAGACGUCAGCUAAAGUUACGUUGAGUUCAAGGACGAUCUGUCAUCUGAGUGAUUUGUCUUAAAAAGCUGCUAAAAAAAAAAAAGAAAAUGUCCACGUCCUCCAUGUUUGCGUGUUGUUUGUUCUCCUGGUUUUGGUUUGUCUUCAACAACCUCAGGAAAAUGUUGAGUAGGAGUUUAAACAUUUGAAAUGAACACGUCACCUCGGUCGGAUACAGCUUCUCUGAUGGAUUCGUUCAUUUGAAGCGACCUUCGUCCCAAACUUCAGAUCAGAUACUGACAAGCUGAGCAGCUGAAAGGAACAACUUCAGGGUGUGUUUGUUAUUCUGAGUUUCACCGUGAAGAUUCAGUGUUUGACUGCAGAAAUCAGACUUUUACAAUAACAUUUGAAUCCAUUUUUACUGUCAGUUUUAUUCAUGUGUAGCUGUGAUCUGUCGAGUCCAAGGUGACGUCACUCAGUGCUGCACAGAGAGGAAGCUGAUUGAUUUUAUAGUUGUUUUUUUAAAUAAAGAAAAUAUGUUUAAAAUAAAAUAGACCUUCAAAAAAGACAAAAUAAAAAAUGAUAAAGGUUUGAUGGCGAUGUAUCGUGUUGAAGUGAAACAUCACAGCUCAUGUUUUGGCAGUUUGACACCAACCUCUGUUAAUAAACCUGGAAAUACUCGGCUUUACAGAGUCCCUGAACACACCACAGUCUCAGUCUGUGCGUGUUGGGUGUAAACAGGUGACGACGCUGCAGUAAAUCCUCUGUAGAGGUCUGCAGGCUGCUCCUCUUCCUCCUCCUCUUCAUCCUCCUCCUCAAAUCACUGUGUGAUCUUUUUCUUCACGUUUCUCGGCCACAGCUUCACUGAGCAGGAGUUUCUUAUUUAUAUCAUUAGAUGGUUUUUAGUCUCAUCUAGUAGAACCGGUUCCGACCCGCUCGGACUCGCGGGGAGUUUUUCAUUUUAUCGUCGUGUUCCGGUUUUAAUUUAAUUUUUUCUAACUGAAGGGAUUUGUAACGCGCGCGGCUCCUGAUCGAUCACAACUCCAAACAAAACGUUUUAUUUUUGUUUUAUUUUCACCCACGCUACAACUUACUGUGUAACUAAAGACUUUUUUUUGUUUGUGUAAUGCAUGAUUAAUACAAUAAAAGUAUUUUUUCUAGUCUUCCAAAAAAUGGAUAAAAAAAAAGGUUCUGAUCAGUUUGCGAGUUUUGAUGAGUUUUGUAAGUUUUUUUUUUUUUUUUUUUUUUUUUGAUUUACAAACUAUGAAACAGCAGAUUUUAAAGAUUGUACCACAUAGCAGAAUACAACUGUUGAAAUGUAUAUAAAAUGUCUAUAAUAACUAUUAAAUGGUGUACCUGUACAGAG